AUGCCUUUCACCCACUCCUACUCGUCCUUGGGCAUCGCGGCUCGUGACAACCAGAAUAGGGGCCCACACAAUCUUGGCAACGGCAGCACCAGCAGUAUCAGCAACAGCCUCGACAUCAAUGCCGCUGACUCGCCCUCGACAUCGGACAACGAUUCGUCUUCACGAUCGCGCCUCUUCUCUUCCGGCCGCAAGUCUCCGGACCCAUUUCGUCGCUUCCGACGCCUCUCCUCGUCCAAUGAGCUCAACAUUGCUACCGCCCCUGCCGCGCUAGACGAUAGCCAAUCCUUCGACUCGCAGCAGAGCUACAAUGCUGCUUACACCGACACGCGCAUCCCUUCGUAUCCUAACUCCAAUGGACGUGCCGCUUCGCCGGCUCCCCUAGAGACGCCACGCUCGGCUCCACCACCUCUCCCCUCGCCUACCACCAAGCCUGCCUUUCUGCGGCCCAAGCGCACAAAGUCGUCCAGCAUCUCGAUCCUCACUUCAGGCCUCGGCCUGCGCUCAAGGGAUGCAACUCUGGAUCCUUCUCCAAACACGGAAACCCGACGUCGACAUCGAAAAAGCGCGUCUCUCUCCGGAUCCGAUGUCGACCUUUCAACCUUAGCGAUAGACUCGCAGCGUGCUAUCACACCGCAGCCCGUGCUCCGUCCUGCAUCUCCCUCGCCUUCGCUAUCAGGCAACAACUAUUCGACACACCGCGAUACCUCAGUCCGACCCGCCGCUUCAUCCAAUCCUUCUGCAUCAUCUUUAUCCAAGCAGCACAAGCAGGCAUGGUACCAGGCACAGCAAAAGACCAUCGAGCUCGACAACCCCAACAACCGCGGUGCACACGACGCUGACUCCGAAACGGCAAAGCUGUUCCCACUCAACGUCGCUGUACCAGACCGAAGUGACCGUGGUCUCAGCUCUCCCCCCGACUCACGCUCGCCUCGACCUGUCGUGGACACCUAUCUCUCCGAAGAAGAGAUGUCUGCGGCUGGCAUCCAAGUCAUCCGGCGUCGUGCUGAUGAACCUGCAACGGCCACUCCUGCUAGCUCGCAAGACUCUCAGGGUCUUCAGACGCCACGCUCGCGCGAUCAAGCGACGCUGCCCGCCAUGCCUGCACGGCUAUACGGAGCAGAUCAGCCCGACUUUCUCGAGUACAUCGACUCACCCGCCGAAAGCAAGCAGCACAGUCCAAGGCUUGACCGUAGCGCAGAUCCACCAGGUUCCUCUGCUUCAAUGCAAGACGCCAUUUCGCAUUCGCACACCAAAUCCAGCAGCGGCAGCAUCUCGGCUUCCUCCAGCGGCUCGACCGACUACGUGCCAUUCUCGGCUAACGACACUUCCUCAGCUCACAACGGCAGCACGACCAGCCUGGGCAGUGGCAGCAAGCAUUCCUUUUCGUUUGCCAAGCUCCGACGACCAGGUGUCAAGCAGAGCUCGCCACGCUCCUCCGCACCCAACUCGUCCAACGAAGACGUGAGCGGCAACAGGACGUUUCUCUUCCCCUCUCGCAACCAGCAGAGGCAGCAGCAGCAACAGCAGCACUUUUCUGCGUCAAACGGCGACGCAGCUGCCCCAGGGUACCUCAAACCGGGGCCGGGCUCGUCGGCGUCUCCGUUCCUCAACAAGCAUUCUGCUACGGUCGGACGUGCAUCGGGCAGUAUCAGUGCUGGUCACACUGCCAAGAAUGGUCUCGCCCAGGUGUUCAACGGUGGCAGCUCUUCGGCUGCUACCGUGGGCCCAGCGUCCUCCGUCUACAGUGGUACUGCGAGCAAUGGUGUUCCUCCACCGAAGCCACCCAAGCCGAAACCGAGCCUGCUCACAGCUUUCCCACGCUCCGGUGGAAGCAACCGUUCGCUGUCGGGCUCCAUCUCCGCUCCCAACACCGCACCCUUGGAAACGGGUCCCGAGUCGCUCCGCCGCAUCGCAACUAGCCAGCAAGGUACGCUUCAGCCCCCCGCGAGUGCAGGGCCCGGCGCGGGCUUCUACCGCAACAUCGCGCAUUCUCGAUCGCAGGAAGCAGUGGCAGAGGCGAGGUUGGAGGCAGAGGCACUGCGGGCGUCGGCUGGUACGCCGCUGCCUCCUCCACGUAGGCUCAACCCAUCGCGGGCAGGUGGAAUGUCGAACUACUCGCAGCAGUCGUCGACGCCCAUGGGCAGGACUGUUUCUGGUGGCUCGGGCGGCGUGGUUGGUGCGCUCGGGCAGGUUGGACAGCUGGGCGCGGCCAUGGGAAGGAAGGGCUGGGACUUUAUGAAGACGCUUCAGACGAACACUGCUGCAGGUGGUGGCGUUUUGCCUGCUCGCAAUGAUGGUGCACCUGGCUAUCGCACCGGCGGGCACUCUUCCGCCGCUGCUAUCGCUGCAGAGAACGAGCCGACGCGCCAAUGGCUGGCUCUGCUAGACGCGCCUGACUCGACCCGGCGUCCAUCAGAAGGCAUCUUCGGUGCACCCCUCAAAGACGCCGUUCUCCGCUCUCGCCUCUCCAGCCUGACCUCCGAUCCUCCCACCGAAGACCACCUCGGCGUCCCCGACCUUGGCUCUGAGUUCAGCGCGAGCUUCAUCCACUCCCCUGGCGCGACCCCACGCGCCUCGGUCGCCGGCACCACCCCCACCGACCCGCUGAGUCGCGAACAGGCGCGCUGCCUCUACCUCCCGCGCAUCGUCGUACGCUGCAUCGAGAGCCUCGAGAAAUGGGGUCCCUCCGAGGAAGGCAUCUACCGCAUCAGCGGUCGCAGCAGUCACACGUCCAAACUUCGCCUUCACUUCUCGGAUCCGCGCAACGAUUUGAGGCUUGACGAGAUCAACCCUGCGGAUCUGGAUAUCAAUUCGGUGUGCAGUGUGCUCAAGAGCUAUCUACGCGAGUUGCCGGAGCCGCUGAUUCCAUUGGCGCACAGCAAAAUGCUCGAUCAAGCGGUGGCGCGAUUGCUUGCGGACACCGACGGCGGUACAGAUGCCAAGAGUGACGCUCGAGCGGCGAAUCUGACACCAGAGAAGGUCGCCGACGAACUCGCCCCGCUGAUGCGACGCUUGCCCGUGCACAACUGGUACCUCCUACGCGAGCUGUCGUGCCAUCUGGGGAUGUUGGCACAACCCGAGGUGGUGAGGAGCACAAAGAUGCCGGUGAGCAAUCUGACGUUGGUGCUGGCGCCGACGGUGAGUAUCUCGUUGCCGUUGCUGCAGGUGUUGGUGCGGCAUACGGAGGUGGUGUUUGCCGGACCGGUGCCUUGUGAGGAUGCGGUGGGGGUGUCGGUGUCUGCUGCGGCUGCCAAGGUGAGUUCGCCGGCAAAGGAGACCAAGCGUCCCUCACCGCCACCGCGACCGGUCAAGCCGGAGAGGUUGUCGCCGGCGAGCAAGCUGCCUGUGCUGGUGCGAAAGCGCGCGUCGUCGAUGGGAUUGGGCGCGCUGCUCUCUUCGCCCACUCGAAGUCGCGCUUCCCCCGCGCAAAGCAGUCCGCAGCCGCAUCGUCGCACGCCAUCCACCACGCCCUCUUUGGAACUUCCCGACUUCAUCUCUGCCUCGGCCAGCUCGCCGGCUGCAGACCCCUACUCGCGCCCCUCGACGUCGCUCGGCCACUUCGCCUCCUCUCCUCCGGCCAAUCGAAGCACGUCAGGUACACGAGACGACGCCUUUGCACCGGGAGACACGCCCAUCGCCCGAUACUACGCGCGCACCCAAUCUGGCGUCCUCACCCCCACGCUCUCCCCGCACCGCAUGCCUGCAUCCUCGCCCAACCUCGCGCACCUCACCACCUCCCCCAUGCUGAGCGAUUCCGGCUUCGACGAGCCGCGCAGUGGGCGGACGAGCGCACUGGACCGACCGAGGCCACCCACAAGCAGCAGCGCCAGCUUCUUCGCCGGGCGCAGUCGGAGGACGGACAGUGUGAGUGUGCUCAGUGCAAGUGGGAGUGCUGCGAGUGUCGAUGGGGAGGGUGGCACGAGUCCGUUACGGAUCACCAAGCGAUCGACUAUGCUGGCGAGAGAGGGCGGGAGGAGUGAGGAGGAUGUCAAGGGGAGGGUGGAGAGGUAUUUGCAGAGCGGACCGGGUCGUGCUUAA